AUGUUGAGUUGUUAUCAGUUGGCAUUCAAGGACCAAACAAAUUGUUGGCAAACCUUCUUAAAUUGCACAAAAAACGACCUAUUCAUUAGCGUCAUCAGACCCGAAGAAAUAGGGCAAGUACUUACUAAUAAAGAGCUGUUUAAAAAGUCAAAACACUAUUCAGUUUUUCACGAAUCUUUUGGGCUCGGUCAAGGUAUAUUUUUUAAUGACAACUACGACGAAUGGAAACAUAACAGAAAGAUAAUAUUGGAAGGAUUUAAAUUUUCCACUCUUAAAUCGUACAUACAACUUUUUUACGAAGAAGCAAACACUCUUGGUAGAUUAUUGUAUGAGAAACGUGAAAAAAUAUCUCACCAAUGUAAAAUAAGUAAAGCAGUUGCAAUGGCUACAAUGAAAAUUAUUGGAAGAACUACUCUAGGCAUACAACUAAGUGAUCAGAAAAAUACUGAUACAUUUUUUUUAGAAAAUUUGGAAGUCAUACAAGAGGUUUGGGAACACAGAAUGUCAUAUCCGUGGUUACUGAAACCAAGUUUGUUUCGGCUGUCAUCGUUGAAACGCACACACGAUGAGAGUCAAAGCCUAUUGAUUAAACUGAUAAACGAUUUAAUUUCCGAAAUAAUAGCAAAAUCGAAAAAUGUCGACACAGUCGAACAUGACAAAAGUGACAAAACCGGGAAACCUAAAUCACUCAUUGAAAUUUUGCUUGCGAACGAUCAACCAAUGCCGUUCCACGAGAUACGAGCCGAAUUAGUAACUGUUAUAGCUGGCGGUCAAGACACUACAGCUGUAUCAAACGCGUGCAUUAUAUUCAUGUUAGCUCAUCAUCAAGAUGUACAAAAUAAAGUUUACGAAGAAAUAAGUACGAUAUUUUCAUCUGACGAUACAAACCGAUCACCGACGUAUGAGGAUUUGCAGCAAAUGUACUACUUAGACCGCGUGAUCAAAGAAACUCUGCGACUUUACCCACCUGGGCCAUUACACGCCAAACACGCCGAAGAGGAGGUUACCAUAGGAGACACUUUAAUUCCUGCGGGUUCGACUAUACUAAUUUUCAUUCCACAUCUACAUUUAAACCCCGAACUCUAUCCGGAACCGGAAGCGUUUAACCCAGACAACUUCCUGCCGGAAGCAUUUCGGAGCCGCCCGCCCUAUUCGUUUAUUCCAUUCAGUGCCGGUUUUAGAGACUGCAUAGGAAUUAAGUACGCGAUGCUUCAAAUGAAAGUCAUCGUAUCCACAUUACUAAGGGCUUACAAAUUUUUGCCGUCCGACAAUUGUCCUGAGCCACAGCACCUAGGUAUAAAGUUUUUGGGUACAUUGAAAUUUGCCGACGGAUGUUACGUUAAAAUAGAAUCAAUAACGUAA